UGCGCGUCCAUUGCAAAAAAAAAUUCCUGCACAGAGUUUUCGCUACAAUUAACCGACUGCGGCAAUCUCGUGAUGUUGGCCUUUAAAAAGGCGAUUAAUGGAAAAGUGUGAAAGAAAUCAGUGUAUAGGUUGUGCAUGUGGCGUUUAAUUGUAACCGCAGUGUCCGAGAUUUCCCAAUAGCUGUGCGGCUUUUCACUGCGUUCGCUUCGGUAUUCGUUUUCCCCGCACCCAAGCCGCAUUUGAGACGCCGCUCGGAAAAUGUCGCUGGAAGGCGCCAGGUUGCGCUACGAGGACGAAAAUGGCGAGACCGUGGUCCUGGCGGCCAAGGGACGCACCUUCCAAGUGGGCUCCUACUACAACUGCGACCUGCUCCUGCCGCAGGAGGAGCGCCUGAUAUGCGAAAUAAACUGCGACGCCUUCGGCAGGGUCAUCAUCUACAACAAGUCCAGCGAGGACCCCAUCCAACUCAACGACGUGGUCAUCCAUGGCAAGCGUCCGCUGCUCCAUGGGGGAAAGAUCACCAUUCGCGACAAGGUCUACACCUGGGAGUUCCCCAAAUCCUCCGAAGCGCCGGAUGCACCGUGCACCCCAGAGCGCCUGCCGGCCAGCGAGCAGGCCCCGAACUCCUGCCCCUCGCUAAGGCAAUCGCCUCGGCUGCAGAUCGAAAAACGCUUGACGGUUCACAAUUUUCACUACAGCAUCAAUUCGGAUGACGAGGGCAAUACGUCCAUAGAGUCGCGCGACCAGAGUGAGUCCCAUUUGGAGGAGGAUGCCCUGAAUAUCUCCCCACCACCCAGCGCUGAGGUGACAACCUGUGAGACGCCCAAAGUAGAUCUUCUGGAGGCCACGCAAAACAAGGAGAACACGGCAACGCCACCUGGAAGCCAUCAGAAGCUGCUGAAACUGUGUGCCCUCUCUGACGUGGUUAUCACAUCCUUCUCGCCGCGCGAGACGGGCGUCAAGGUGGAGAAGUCCUUCACUUGUGUGCGCAAACCGACCCACGCGGCUUCUACUUCGACUUCGGUGACCGUUUCCACGCCCAAGAGUGUGUACAGCACUCCGAAGGGCGGAGUGCUCUCGGAGCUGAACGAAGACAGCUGUAGCCGGGAUCUGAUGGAUUUUGGAACGCCAUCCACUUCGACGAAGGUGAAGCGGGCAUCAUCUAUGUUCCUGAUCGACUUGACCACUCCCUCAAAGCUACGACCAACACCUAAGCAAACGCUCACACCCAAACAGACGCCCAUCAGUGUGGACAGCACGGACGAAUCAUCCGAUGCAUCGCCGCUGGUUAUUGACAUUACCAACUCAGAGACACCACCCUCACCAGGCCCUUCACAACGGUACAAAACUCCUCACCGACCGGCGGGCACCGCAGGCGCCACUCCCAAGCGAACGCCCCAGUCCCUGAUGAAAAGGGCUUUGCUGACCAGUACCAAGAAGCAGAUAGCCGCCAACCAGACCGACAAGACUACUCCUGUUGCCACCGCCAAACGGCAAUCGCUGCUGGAGGCUCGUCGUCAGUGCCUGACCACUCCCCGCCGAUUGCCAUUCCAUCCGCACAGACGGACACCAGUCAACCGACCCGAGGAGCAGCCGAGAGGCAAAGUGCCCAAGACCUCUCCUCGCAGGCGGAUAUCUCUGAUGGAAUCGCCCAGGGAGAACAAGGUCUCCCAGCUCAGGAAGUCCUUUGCGGCCGCCAAGCGCAGUCCCGGCGUUGACAAGAGCAACAAACUGGUGGCCAAGGCACGACGAUCGCUCAACUCGCCGAAAAGCGGUUCACCUAUGCCGGGAUCACCUAAGCCAACAUCGCCGUGUCCGAGAAAAACGUUUAAUGCCUCACAAAUUAAGAGUUCCACUCCGGAGAAACCUGACGACUCAAAUAGCGAGCUGAGCCGCACUUUCACCAUCAUGGAUGACACCCAAGGAAAGGAGAAGAGUGCUGCAGGAGUAGUAAUCGAAGCGAUGGCAGCACUUAUAACGGGGGAAAACGAGGCUGAUGCAUCCCUACAGUUCGCUUCCGUAUUCGAAAAAAGCCUGCCGCCCACAAAUACAACAGCACCUGGUUCAACCAGUCCAGCGAAUGAGAAGGAAAAAGAUUUAAAUUCUACAGAGGAAAAGGAAAAUUCUGAGCUAGACGCCACAUUCGAAAAGAGUAUAAAUAAACCAGAACCAUGUGCCGAAAAUGUCUUGGAGACUGUUAAGGAUCAGCAAGAGUCAAUAAGUCUGUCCAAUACUGGAGUUGAGGACAGGGAGAAAAACGAAACUGUGAGCCUGCUUGCCAACGAUAAAUGUGACGAACCUGUUAUAGAGGAUAGCAUUUGUGAGGAGGUUGAUGCGAAUAUUCCCAAAGAAAGUGACAAUGCUAAUCCUGAGAGCGUAAUUGAGGACAACAUUUGCGAAGAGGUGCCAUCGGAAAGUAAAGCUGGAGAAUGCACUUCAAUUGCAACAAGCGAGACCAAACAAAAGAUGAAUGAGCAAACACCAAAUGUUGAUACCCCCCUACUUCAAAGGAGUUUGCGCCGCCUCUCUGUUGACCAGAGGAUAGUGGCCACAACGCCGCGAAGAAGCACUCGUAGAUCCUCUAUGGAAGCCAGCAACAAGGAGGUCCCGAAGGACAACAAUAAACGUACUCGCCGCGCUUCCUGCUCUGCGGUUGAAAGUCAGACAGAUGUGGGUACUCCACGGCGCAAGCGAAGACUCACGCAGGAAAUGUCCACGCCAACGCGACAAUCGAAGCGUCUGCUGAACACGCCCAAGCGAGAAUUUCAAGUGGACGAAUCCGUUGGCGAUAUGGGAGUUAUUUUGGAAGAAGUUGGCCAAGAAGAUGAGGACCAAUCUGAUAUCGCUGACGACGGAGAUUAUGGAAACGAACUGCCGGACGACGAAGUUGACAAAGUUGAUUAUCAUGGCUUGAGGGAUUUGCUAAAAACUCCCAAAAACUGCAGUACACCCCGCUUCAAAGGACUGAGAGAAAUGAUGCGCACUCCCAAGGUUCCCGCCUCACCAAUUUUGGGCAACAUGGCAGAGUUGUUGGAAACUUCUGUAGGAAGCACUCCUCACCCUAAGAGAAGGAAUACGACCAUGUCUCGCGUGCAACCAGGAAGAACACUGGACGGAAUUUUAAAGACGCCCAGUGCCAGGAAUAUAAUGGUACCAAAUGAACCAGCUAGUGCCGUAUUAAAGUCUCGCGAGGCUUCCUUGGCGGCGACCACCGAAUACGACUUAAACAUGACCAAUACCACGUUGCAUCUAGACAAAAUAUUCGACGACGUGCCCGAAACGACUGGGGCCAACUUGGAGGACACCGAAACCGAAAUAAAUGUGACUGCAAUCAGCACAGCGACUGGCGUUGAUCCCUUGGGUUCUUCAAAGCGAAAUGAAUCCGUAUCAUCAGAGGCUCUAAUGAGUAUCUCUCAUAAAGCCACUGGCGUCGCUUCGCUAAAGGAUCCUCUGACCAGCACAACUUACAAGGCCGCCUUGCAGGCCGAUCUUAACCUAAGUGCCAUUACUGAAUCUGGUUCCAGGACGACUUCACCCAACCCAAACGAGAUGAGUGGCAUACAGUUGUUGGAUCAGACCUCGGACUCGAUGUUCUCCGAGGCUUUAGUAGUGUCGGGCGUGGAGUCCUGCGACUUUACUGUGGAUGAGACAAAGGCUUCUGGCCAAAACAUCCAACCUGUAGAUAACGUUGAAGAUCGCUCAGAUACAGACUCAAAUGUUGGCCUUACCGAGCCCCUGGUAUUUAGUGAUGACGAGGAGAAUCCAGAGGGAUCCGCAGCCACUCCGAAAAAAUCGAUUUGUGUUGAGGAACCAUCUGUUGCCUACAAGAUUGAGGAAUCCGCUAAUUUGAAAUCUGUGAACGAGACAUUAAGUAAAAUUGAAAAUGAUUCUGUUACAGAAAUUUCUCUGAUUGAAGUUGAGGAUACCACAAUAGAGGGCAUUACUAGUGAAUCAAAUCUUCAAGAUAACAAAAAUAAGGACGAGAAGGAUCUGGAAGUUAAACUAGAUAUUUCGAAGGAUAAAGAAUCACCAGCUGAAGAAAAUAAUGAAACCCCAGUGGUCGAAUUGACGAUCGUAGAGUCCGAGAUAUUUGCUCUAGACUCAACUGCAGAUCGUUCAGUCGACUCUUCUAAUGUCCUUAGCUUCAGCGAGAAGAAGAUUGUUCCUAAAGAGGAUCUGAAGCCUGACGAUUUGGAAUCGGCAAACAGUGGCGACGUCGAAUUAGCAGAAGUUUCUCCCGAAAAAGCUUCUGAAGAAGGUGUUUCUCAUUCGGAUAAAUCAGUCGUGGAUACAUCGCCUGCCAAAAAAUGUGAACUUGAACAGUCUAUUGAAGCAGAAACAAAUCAACCACCGAUCGAAGAAUUGCCUGAAACCGAUGUGUUACCCACAGAAUGUGAAACACAUCAUCCAGUCAUGGAAUUGUCCACUGUUGCAGAAUCUGAACAACCAGUCAACGAAACAAAACCUUCCGAACCAGAUGUCGCUGAAAACAAACCCGAUGAGAUACCCAAUGAUGGUAAAAUUGAUCAAGAAGGCAUUACUACUUCACCUGCCAAUGAACUUUCAGAGAAAACUAAUUCCGAUGAUCCUAUUGAUAAAGAAAAUAAUCAAGGAACACCUUUCAAAAAACAUUCCGCAGAAAGCCAACCAGAUGAUGUGUCUACUGAUGGUGAAUCCGAUCAAGAAGUCAUCAAACCAUUUCCUGCCGAAGAAUUUAUCGAAGAAGCUAAGUCUGAUGAGGUGUCAACUGAUGCGGAACCCAAUAAGAGUGCAUUCCAAAAAUCAUCUUCCGAACUCUUCGAGGAAGACAAACCUGAGGAGGUCCCCACUGAUGUUCAAUUUGAUCAAGAAGUCAUCAAAACAUCAUCCGCCGAUGAACUCGCAGAAGGCGCCGAGCCUAAGGAAGCGCCCGAACAACUUUUUGAGGUAGAGGGGCCCACAGUUUGUGAAGCUGAUCAGGAAGUUAUCGAAUCGACUCCAGUAAAAGAACUGCCACAAGAAAAUAAACCUGAAGAGACCACUAAUCAAACUGUCACCGAAACUUCGCCUUUAGAGGAACUUUCAGAGGAAGCUAAAGAUGAUGAGGUGCCCGUCGAUUCAAAAUCACAUCAAAGUGCCGUUGACACAUCACCUUCUAAACAAACGACCGAAGAAAAUAAACCAGAUGUAGAUCAGGUUCCCGUCGAUGCUGAAAUUAGCGAGGAACUUGAAGAAAAAGCCAAGCCUGAUGAAGUGUCUACUAAUGUAGAUCCGAAUCAACAUGUAAUCGAAACAUCACCGUGCAAAGAACUCUUUAAGGAAGAUAUAACUGACGAGGUUCCCACAGAAGGUGACGCUGAUCAGGAAGUUAUUGAAACAUCUGCGUCGAAAGAACUGCCUGAAAAAAACAAACUUGAUGAUGAUGAGACCACUAAUCAAACAGUAACCGAAACAUCACCUGGCGAUGAGCUUUCAAAGGAGGCCGAUCUAAACGAGUUGCUUACAGAUAAUAAAACUGACCAGCUAGUCAUCGAAACGUUAUCUGCCGAAGAAGUUCCAGAGGAAACCGGACAACAAAAUGAGCCAUUUGCAUCUGGAAGUUCCGCAAGCCAAAAUGUUCAUCAAGAUCAAAUUCAGAACUUCAAUAUGGGAGACAUUGGUGAAACGAGCAUCAGCGAUGCUGUCGAUGAGGUCCCAGCCCUGGAAAGAGAUCAAUCAGAAGAUCAACAGUCUACUCAAGAAGAAUCUGUGAUAAUUUCCUCUGAUUCCGAAGGCGAGAACAAGGAAGAAGAAUAUUCGGGUGAUUCAAACGUAGAAAAGAAAGAGACUUCGGUUGAAACGGGAAAUAAUAAUUCGUCCUUCAGUGCAGCAGGUGAGAUCGAAAAUUCUGACAAUGUGGAUCCGAAGGAGACUUGCCUAUCACCCCCUAAAGACACCAAAAUUCUUGAGAAAAGUAUAGAAGAUUUAGAUGCGCUGGUAAUGGAAACUUCAACCUGUGCUGCUGUUCAAUCUUCCGACAAAGAGGAACCUGCCAAUGAAAUAUUGUUACGAACAGAUACAAACGAAGAUUUUUCAAGUGAUGCCGCUGCAUUGGAAACAUCCACGAAUGUAAGUUCACCCGAGAAUCAGAAGAUCUCUGGCCAGGAUUCUCCUAAGGUUUCUCAAGAGGACAAAGAUAUCAAAUCGACUCCACAGGGUGAAAUUUCUUCCUCGGAGGAAUCAUCGAAAGAUGUUAAGGAUGUGGAUAAAAAAGAUGCCGAAGAAACCAACCAAAACGGUCCUAAUGAUGCUUCACUGGAAGGAAGUCCUCAAAUUCAACUCCCUGUGACGGGUCAGAAUAAACAAAUUUCUAUCCUGGAUGAAUCCAUCGAGAAAACGGAAGAUACACAUGCACAUACAGAGAAAGAAGAGGAAUGCCCGCCUGAAAAGUCCUCUGAUCAGGAGAUCGACCAUGAGGUGAUUCAGUUGGACGCGUCUAGCAUUGUAGAGGACAAUACACUAGGUGAAAGUUUACUUCCUGAAGAUUCCGCCAUUGAUCCUUCCAAAGGAAAUCUAGAUUUGAACACAACAAAGGAGAGCCCUACCGUAGAAGCCAUCGAGGCUGAAGAUGAGAUUUCAUUAAUUGAAAAUUGCGAUACUCAUCAGCCCAAAGAGUCAUCUGCUUUUGACAACACAAAGAAAGACAAGGAGCUGGAUAACGAGGAAUCUAAGGAGGAAUAUAAUCAAAUUGAGCCUGACAAUGAGGUGAUUCAGUUGGAUGCUUCUAGCAUUGUUGAGCAGACUCAGAUGGAUGAAAGUUCAGUAGACAUCGUCGCUGAUUCCAUUCAGGAGGACAACAAGGAACAAGCCAGGGAAACCAUUGAAGAAAUAUUAGUAAAAUGUGUGCCUGAAGAGUCCUUUAAUCAAAACGGAAUUGAAGAUGAGGUGAUUCAGUUGGAUGCGUCGAACAUUGUUGAAAGGUCCACACUUGAAGAUUUUAUCACUGAUAAUUCAAGACAUGUUUCAAUAUUGGCGGAAUCGUCGAGUGUCGACCAAUCAAUCACCACGGCCAAUUUAACAAGGAAUCAAAAGGAAACUGACGUUGAGGUGAUCCCCUCGGAAACGGAUGGGGCUGCAGAAACGACAAUGGAUACGACUUCUUUCAAUGAUCAAGAAGUUAAGGCAGUGGAACCUGAGAUAACUUCCCAAAUUGUUGAACAAAAACUAACAGAAAAGACGGCCACCGAGGAUAAGUUCAUUGAUAACAGCAUUUCGAUGGAUACUGAAAGCCCCAACAAAUCUAUUGUAAAGGACUCAUCUGAACCUGAGAACUGUCCGAAUACUUCACUUGUAAAUACUGAUGUCCCUGCAGCGCACAAUUUGCAAUCGGAAAAAGAAGAAUUAGAUAUAAAGCAGCCAAACGAAAACUUAAUAGACACCAUUUCUGCUCCACUCGUAGUACUGAAUGUAUCAAGCUCCAAUGGUUCAGAAAGUACAGAUAUUUUGGAGUCUUCGUCAUCAUCACAACAAACAACACAUGUCAUUAAUGCACCUGAAUCCGAAGGCAAACUUACAACGCAGCUUCAAGAUGUAUCUGGUUCAAUAGUUGAAGCUCAGGAAAACGCAUCUGAGAUACAGGAAACUGAAAAGGAAGUAAAUGACAUUACAAAACCGUCUUCAGAUGCUGAAGGAUCUUCCUUGCUUGACGUUUCCAAAUCCCUUUCUGAAUACCAAAAAACCGUGAGCGAGGAGGUUCAGAUGGCUGACCAAGACGGAGCAAUAAUCGACUUGGAUUCUGCAAGUGAAGGAAAAGACGAUGAAGAAGAAGUUGAAUUCAUAUCAGAGCAUAAAAGUGUAGUUGUUCCUAAUGCCGAAAAACAAGCUAAGCUUGAUGAGCCCAAGCCCAGAGAUGCGGUUUCCGAAAAGGAUGAUGUUAUUACAAUAGAUGAUUCAAGCUCUAGCGCUCAAGGACCUGAAACAUCAGACGCCGAAGCCACUUCAGUAAUACCGCAAGAAGAAUCUACUGUACCAACGGCGAGUACUUCUGUUUCAGAAGAACCUCAGGCACCCAAUGAGCUAGCUCAACCGCCUGUUGAAGAACCUGUAAUAACUAAAAUCACUGAUAAUAAAGCUGCCUCAAAUAAUAUUCAAGAACCAGAUACCAUUCAUGAAAUACACGACAGCCCAGCAUCUGAGGAUUUAACUGCUCAAGAAAGAACAGAUUCUGUUGAGGAUGCAAAACGUAAUGACUUUGAAAUGCCCACUUCUACAGUUCUGGUUGCUGCACAAUCUUCAGUCUCCGCUGUUGAUGCCAAACAAAGUCAAAUCAAUUCCGAGAAUGAACCAACUGAGGAGUCUGCACAUAAUGUAUCAACAGAAAAAAUCGACUCCAAAAAUAAUGAAUCGGAAAAGCCCAUUUCCGAAACCGCCAUAUCGCCUGAGUCACCGAAAAAAUCUCGCGAGCCAUCUCAACAAGAUGAAAAAUCUCCGGAUGAAGUAAAAUCCAAGCCAAUAAAACGAACGACUAGGAAGGGAUCGGCAUCCACUGAUAAACCAGCUGAAACGGCAAUAUCUGAAAGACCGAAGAGGAUGGCACGAAAACCAUCUGCUGAAGCUCCGGAAGUGGAUGAUGCCCACGUUAGGCUCAGGGGACGAGCCAGAAAACCAUCCGCUGAUGUAGAUGAUGACAAACCAGAAACUAUCGCUGAGAAAAGGAGAGGACGAAAGCGCACUCCUUCUGUAGAAGUUAUUGAAACCAUGACACAAAACCAACUGGAAGCUGAAGAAGAAGUCGGAAAAGCUGAAGAAGCUCUGCAACCCAUCCUAGAGGAAGAGCCUGAGUCUGGAGUUGAGGAAAAGAAAGAGUCAAAGGCAAAGCAAGAUUCCACUAAUCAGGCGGAGAUCACCAUAGAGCAACCCAAGAGGCGUGGAAGAAAGGCAUCUGCAAAGGAAACUGAAUCUUCACUGGACAUUAAAGAAAGCACAAAAGAUGCUCUAGACGCAGUCAGUGAAGCUAAAGACGAUCAUUUGGAUAUCCCUGAGCAAGAGGAGCCUGAAGAGCCUGUACCAGUUGAGGAUACAAUCCAGGAAGAGAAGACCAUCGAAAAGCCCAAAAGACGCGGACGGAAGGCCCCUGCAAAAGAAGCGGUCACCACGACGGACACGAAAGAAAAAAUUGAGGAUGACCUAGAUGCUGUCAAGGAAGUUGAAAUUCAGAAGCCCGAUAUUGACGAGCAGGUAGAACCAAAAGGGGAGGAGAAUACCAACCAGAAGGAAAGCAUCACUGAAAAACCAAAAAGACGCGUUCGGAAGGCAUCUGCAAAAGAAACGGAAACGACAUUGGACAAGAAAGAAAAACCUGUAGAUGUACUAAAAGCUGUUAAAGCAGACGAAACUCUGCAAUCCAGUCAAAAUGUUUCGGAUCAUUCUGAGCAGGAAACGCCUCAAGAGCCAGUACCCAUUGAGGCUUUAAAUGUAUCCAAGGAAGAGCAAGAAACGAAGGCGGAGGCUGAAGUCAAUCCCAUCCCAGCUAAGACAAGUAGGAGGGCACGCAAAGCAUCAGCCGAAGACGUGAGCAGCGUAUCAGACAAGAAGCACAAAUCGGAAGACCUGCAUACUAUUGAAAAGCAAGAUGAGAUGUCCAAGGAGGUCGGUAGGUCAAGGCGGAGACGACGCAAACCUUCAGCAGAAGUGGUGGAAACCUCCGCCCCUAAUGACACACAGGAGGUGUUGGCUCCCGCUCAAGAAGAUCGGUCAAGUUCCGACGACCAACACAAACUCCACCCACAAACCCGCAAAUCGGCCGAAUUUAAGCCUGCAAGUGCCCAGGAACCAGCUAAGGAUGAUCACGUUGAAAGACCCAAGCGUCGGGGCCGCAACCCUUCCGUUGACAUCGAUCAUGUUGCCCAAGAAGUUAUAGAAAAACCCAAGCGAAGGGGUAGAACACCAGCAGGCCAUGAUAAACCCCCCAUUAAUGAUGAAAAGCAAGAGCGGCCAGUGCAUGUUGUUGAGCCAGAGAAAAAGACCAGACGCAAUGCCCGCAAGGCUUCGGCUGAAACUGUUGAAAUUGUGUCCAGCGAGGAAGAGCAUCUUCAGCAAAUCGAAGAGACAGCCGAGCCCGUUUCGGGAUCCGAACCGUCCCCAGUUAAGCCACCGCCAAAAGAAGAGGAGGAGCACAAGACCAGGCGACGUGGUCGAAAGCCAACGACGGAGACGAUUGAGAUGCCGAUAAAAACGAACUCGCCCGAGAAAUCGGAUGAGCUACCCACUCACUCACGCAGGCGUGGGCGCAAGGCCACCGAAGACGAGGCCCAUACAACUAUAGAUCUAACGGAGUCGAAGACAAAGCUUCGUGGACGCAGGGCGUCCUUGGAGCACGAACCAAAGGAAGAAACCCAUUCAGAGUCUCAUACCGACGACGCGGAGCCACCAACGAAGACGACGAGGCGCGCUAGGAAGCCAAGUGCGGAUGUGGAAGCGACGCAAGCCGCUGUACCAGAGAAGAAACCACCCGCACGACGUGUCCUCAAGGCCUCAGCGAGUGUCGAUGAUGGAACUCCGGUGGCUAAGAAGGCGGCAUCUCGUCGCGGUCGCAAAGACGAGACCCACGAGGACGAGGAAAGGAAGCAGAUCGAUUUACAGGACCUGCCGACGGACAGUGUUUCAGCACUCGUAGUCACUUCGGGAUCCCCGACAAAGGCUGGCGAUGCGGAAGAACUUACCCCACGGCGCCGAGAGGGACGCAACCUGCCCCGUAAAAACUACGAGGAGGCACCAGACGAUGACAAACCGCCCUCGGCCUUGCGACGGGCUCGCAAGCCAGCGGCAAGCAAGGCGGUGGCCAACAAGGCUCCGGAGCCAGAAGCAGUUACAGCUACUCCGGUUGCCAAACCACCGCCCGUGGACGUAGAAGCCACUCCCGACAACACGGUGGUCUUGCCAGAGCCCACGACCUCGCAGCGACGGGAAGGGCGGAAUCUUCCGCGCAAGAACUACACGGAGCCACCGGACGACGACAAGCCCGCAUCUUCCCGAGGCCGCAGGGUACGCAAUCUGACUGCAAAGGCCUUGGAACUGAUUGUCGACUCCUCGCCGCGACCGGCGACUCCAAAGAGGGCCAAGGGCAAGGCAGUGGACAAUGAAGAGCCUCCUGCAAAGAAGGCGACUCCUGAGGUGCCACUAGUGACGUCAGCGCCGGAAGAAGAGCCGGCGCCCGCGGCUAAGGGGCGUGGCACUCGUCGAAAAGCCGAACACAGCGAAUCGGAGCCGGUGAAAAAAACCGCACGCGCCACGACUCGCAAAGCCAAAGUUGAGGCCGAACCGGAGGAGGAUCUGCCCGUCAAAAAGGCGCGAGGCAGAGCACGCUCCAAAACGCCUUUGGGUGAGCCUGCAGGUACUCCGGAGGAGGAGCCCGUCAAGAAGCCCGCUGCCCGUAGUCGAGCACGAGGCGCCAAGACAGCGGAGCCGGAGCAGCCCGUCGAGGAUCCCCAAGCACAGGAAGCUGCCUCCACAUCCGCGACGACAGGGCGAGCUGGACGAGGCAGGAAGGUGCACUUCGAGGCGGCGCCGGAGGUCUCAACGAGUGAGGAUGCACCCAAGCGGGCCACUCGAUCACGACGAAAGUAAAAUCUAUAUAUUUCAUCUAAACGCUUGAAUUACUUUGUAUAAUUUUUUGGUUAUUUUAUAAUUCUGCAUUUUUUACGUUAUUAACUUCUGUAUAAAAAGUUUGCAUUUAUCAAUUAAUAAAGGCACAAUAACAUUUAA